AUGGCCCAAGCCGGGUUCCUCAUCGCUACUGUCGACAACAGGCCUGGCAGGGACUAUUACUUUCAAGGCCUCCGCGCUCGAUUCCAGAUCGACGCUAUGCGAGCCGCCACCAAACCCAAGGUCUCUACCAAUGAUAUGGAAGACGAGUCUACCUACGUCUACCAUCUGACCGACGCUGACAAGGCCGAGAUCUUGGCUGCACUGGAGGCAUUCAAGGCUACGUGGGUGAACGACGGGGCAAACAAGACUACAAUGGGUCUAUGCCUGUAUCAAAUUCUGCAAGCCACGGCACCCCUGUUUCUCGGCGACCUCAGCGACGGCAUUGGCCGGUGGCCCGUCUAUGUGCUCUCCUUCUUGAUCUACCUCGGCGCCAACAUCGGACUGGCCAUGCAGCACAGCUAUGGUGCCAUCCUGGUCCUGCGCGCCCUGCAGAACGCCGGUUGCUCGGCCACGGUGGCCAUUGGCAGCGCCGUCAUCGCCGACUUCACGACGCCGGCCGACCGAGGCGGCUACACCACAGCAGCAGUAUAG